CGGCGGGACACGAAGAGGACAACGUACUGGCUGCCGAGCGGGUGAACUCCACACUGGUCCAGGGCCGCCGGGAGGGCCCGGGGUCCUAGCGGCCCGACCUGCGCGUAGGCUCCGGGCCUGAAACUCAGAGGGCAGGAGGGGCGAAGCCCGGGUCUAGGCCCCGCGGAGAUGUCCGGCUGCGGCGCUUGUACUUGCAGCACGGUCGCUGCGCGGCUCUUUACAUCGUCGCUCGCCUCCGCGCAGAGAGGUAUUUCUAGUGGUCGGAUUCAUAUCCCAGUUUUAGGAAGGUUUGGGACCUUUGAAACUCAGAUUCUACGGAGAGCUCCUUUUAGAGCCUUUACAGAAACACCAGCAUACUACGCUUCCAAAGAUGGGAUCAGUAAGGAUGGCUCUGGAGAUGGUAAUAAGAUUUAUAGCUACCUCGACAAGUAUGUUGUUGGCCAGUCAUUUGCCAAGAAGGUGCUUUCAGUUGCUGUGUACAAUCACUAUAAGAGAAUAUAUAAUAACAUCCCAGCUAAUCUGAGACAGCAAGCAGAGGUUGAAAAACAGACUUCAUUAACACCUAGAGAGUUGGAGAUCAGAAGACGGGAGGAUGAGUACAGAUUCACAACUCAGGCUGGAUACGUAGGCGAAGACAUUGAGUCUGUGAUUGCCAAACUGCUCCAAGAUGCCAAUUACAAUGUAGAAAAAGCACAACAAGGAAUUGUCUUUCUGGAUGAAGUAGAUAAGAUUGGCAGUGUGCCAGGCAUUCAUCAGUUACGGGAUGUAGGUGGAGAAGGCGUUCAGCAAGGCUUACUAAAACUACUAGAAGGUACGAUAGUCAGUGUUCCAGAAAAGAAUUCUCGAAAGCUACGUGGAGAAACUGUACAAGUUGAUACAACCAAUAUUUUAUUUGUUGCAUCUGGUGCUUUCAAUGGUUUAGACAGAAUCAUCAGCAGGAGGAAAAAUGAAAAGUAUCUUGGAUUUGGAACACCAUCUAAUCUGGGGAAAGGCAGAAGGGCUGCAGCUGCUGCAGAUCUUGCUAAUCGAAGUGGGGAAUCAAACACUCAUCAAGACAUUGAGGAAAAAGAUAGGUUACUGCGUCAUGUGGAAGCCAGAGAUCUCAUUGAAUUUGGCAUGAUUCCCGAGUUUGUGGGACGGUUACCUGUGGUGGUUCCUUUGCAUAGCCUGGACGAGAAGACGCUUGUACAAAUCCUCACUGAGCCGCGCAACGCUGUUAUUCCUCAAUACCAGGCCUUAUUCAGCAUGGAUAAGUGUGAACUGAAUGUUACUGAGGGUGCUUUGAAAGCCAUAGCCAGAUUGGCGCUAGAACGAAAAACUGGCGCAAGAGGUCUUCGGUCCAUAAUGGAAAAGCUGUUACUAGAACCCAUGUUUGAAGUCCCCAAUUCUGACAUUGUAUGUGUGGAGGUUGACAAAGAAGUAGUCGAAGGCAAAAAGGAACCGGGAUAUAUCCGGGCUCCAGCAAAGGAGGCCUCUGACGAGGACUAUGACUCGGGAGUGGAGGAAGAAGGAUGGCCCCGCCAAGCCGAUGCUGCAAACAGCUGAGCUGCCAGACUCCUCUCCUGUAUAUAAAGCUUGCCUCCUUUGGUUCGGGAUCCUGACUGUCUCUGUAGUCUGACAUUAAAGGAAUUGGAUCUGUCUUCGAUAUCAUACAUGGUCAGAAGCCUUUAGGAUAAGAAUCAGAUCAUGUAUUAUAUUGUAACAUCACAUUGAUUUAUACACAGAGGACAUUAUGUGGACUUUAAUAAUACAAUGUUCAGAGAUAAAAAUGUACAGUAUCUUGGUUCUGUUUUUUUGAAAAUACACUUUCACAAAAUUCCUAGGAAUUCUUUUAAGCAGCACAGGUGUUGCAAUAACUGGAUUUUACAAUAAUGUUACUCUACAAAUGGGAAAAUAAAUUCUUUAAAAUUGAA